AUGGCCAAGAAGAAGCACAUCGACACACCGUACAAGGCGGCAUCAGCUCGCACGUCCAAAUCGAACAAGAAGAAUCUCGCUCAGAACCGCGACAGACACAUGAGGUCGGCACAGAACCACACGCGCGCGUCGCCGCUGUCUUCGUGGUUCAAGGCAUACGCCAAGGAGUGGACGAUCGUCGACGGCGCAGACAUGGACAGCAUCGUCGAUCACCUGGUGAAGGCCAAGCACCUCAGCGUCGGCACAGAGGGCCAGUGGACGGCAGUGCCGCGCAAGCGCCGGGAUGGUACGAACGAGAACUCGCACUUCGCCGGCAUGGAGAAGAUCUGGGAAUCCGUGCUCAACGCCGCCGAGGAGGUUUUGCCAGACCGCUUCUCGCGCGACAAGCGCACGCUCAAGUUCUCCUGUCGGCCCAACAACGAGACCUACUCGGAGGUCAAGGGCGGGUCGGCGCGCGUCGAUGCGAUCAGCCAGCUCUGCGAAUCGUCGUACCCGACGAAUACGCAGUAUGCGCUCCCGGGAAGCGCAAAGAAGGCGCCGCUCAGGUACAACGCGGACGCCGCGACCGCCGGGGACGACGCCGACCUUGGCCAGCAGGCGGUCGUCUUCACGGCCGACGUGGCCGUCACAUACGAGUGGAAGUUGGAGCAGAAUGCCGAGGCGAUCGCGAACAACGACGCACAGACGAUAGGCGCGACCGGCCACAUCAUGUUCAACGACGUAACGAGAGCCUGGCAUUACUCUGUCACCAUAGAGAAGGCGAGCGUGCGGCUGUGGUGCCACUCGCGCGGGCAUACUGGCAUGUCGAAGCGCUUCGACAUGCAUACGGCGCCUCGAGAGCUCAUCCACUUCAUCCUCUUCUCGACGUACUCUACCAAAAAGCAGCUCGGCUUCGAUCCUAGGACGACGCGUGUCAUCGACGACAAGGGCCAGCUGCAGUAUCGGUUCACGGUCAGGAGAAUCGACUCCGAUGACCCGGACGACCAGUACCUCGUCUGGCAGACGACAAGAAUCCUCGACGAACGGAGCGCAGGCGAGCUUUACUCCCGCGCGAUGCGCGUCUACGCCAUCAAACCCGUCGGGGAGGACGGCAAGGUAGUCCAAGGUGCUCGGGAGCGCGUCAAGCGCGAUUUCUGGGUCUUCGCGCACACGAAGCAGGAGAAGGUCAUCCAGCAGGAUAUCCUCAAGAAGAUCGCUGCAAGUCUCGAGCCCGGCGAGGAUCUCCACGACAUCGAGCAGCACUUCAUGCGGUUCCUGACGGACGAAAUCGUCGCUGAGGCCCCGCCUCCCCCCGCGGAUUCCGAACGGUACUGGUUCGCUGAUAGGCGCAACCCUGCGGGGAAGCAGUCGUCCAAAGCCCGCAUCACGAACAACUCUCUGCGUUCCGAGGCGGGCGAGGGCGGCCCCUCCGGAUCCGAGGAUGAGGACGAGGAUGAGGAUGAGGAGCUCGAGCUGCACGGCAAAGUUCGCAUUGAAUCCAUAUACGACGAGCUAUGCGAGGAUAUGUACCACGUGGACGAUCCGGCCGAGUACUUCUAUGCGCUCAGCAUAUGCGUCAAGAUCCUCUCUUAUCUGCGCCGCGCUGGGUAUCUUCACCGAGACAUCAGUCCGGGGAAUUUUCUGCUCUAUUUCCUCGCGCGCCAGGCGACGGCCGUCUCGAAGCGCUUUGUCAUCAAGAUUGCCGAUCUGGAGUAUGCGAAGGAGUAUUUGACUGUCUCUCGGCACGACCCCAUCACUGGAACCGCACAAUACAUGGCCGUCGAGGUUCAGGCCCGCCGCCACCUUCACUGCGAUGCCACGGCCCUGAAGCAAUACCUCGCCCACAAAUUCUUCUCCUACAAUCCAUACCACGAUCUUGAAUCGCUGGUGUGGAUGGCCAUAGAUUUCGUCAUCUUGCGCGCGUCUCCUAGCAUCGUGCAGGGCCGACCACGGCAGGAGAUCGCUGCGUUGCUAGACCCUCUGACCGAGUACGCUGGAGAGGUCUUGGUGUCGAAAAUCCGUGGAACAGAGUCGCGCAGAGCCCUUUUCGUGAAAGGAGCUGUUGCUGCGAAGUUGGUCGUCAUGCUCAUGACCACUCACGGGCCGGCGUCGCCCGUUCCCUCCUCCAUCGCUAAGCUCAUUGAGCUCAUCCGCUCGGCAAUGGCAACUAUCGAAAACGAAGUCCUGUACAGCAAAAGGGACAGGCUCAAGCCAAACUUCGCAUCUCACGCCCGAUUCCCACUGUCCUUGUUCAAAGGCAAUAUCUACUCGGAGAUGCAGUCGACCUUUCUCAGGAUCAGCCAAUACUACUCCGCAACAGGCGAAAAGCUCGUCAAAUUCUGCGACAUUGAUAGGCCAUCGGAGGCUGGAUCUACCGUAGCGUCGGAGGUGCCCAUGCUACCGAGUCCUACGGAUGGACGGUCGAAGCGUAAAGCCGACGAAAACCCAAUCUCGGCUGGACCCCCGGAGACGAAGCGCUCUCGUCCUGUACAGCCAUCACCGGCAGACCUUUAG